AUGGUGUUCUGCUCUGACGAUGUCCGUCACAUGACAGACGAAAGCUCAGCAAGUAUUUAUCGGGGUUGUAGGGCGGUGCGCCGAGGACCUAUUCGCACAAAUCUACAACCACAGCUCCAAGGCAACCCCUUACAGCUUCCGGGUACUAUGGCUGCUGCCAAAGUACAGCUGAGUAGUUGUUCUUUGGACUCGCAGUCUAACAAAUCGAUUUCCACCCAACCAUCCAGACAGCAUGACCAAAGACGUGUUCUGGCAGGUGGUCGUCAACAUCGCGGUUCGACUCGGCCAGCACUCAAAACAGGGACCAGAAAAAGCCUAGCAACUUUGCUACAGUCACUUGAUCUGAAUAGCCUCCCCCAUUUGCAGUUGAUGUCUUUCACUCAGCUCCAGGAUGGCCCCAACCAUGGUUGCAUCUGUGUUGGUCGUGUUCUGGCCACUCUGCCUGCUGACAGCGAUCUUGCCCUCCCUCUUCUUCUGGUUGAUCCCUGGGGCAGUGUACUCCCGUUUAGGAUUUUCGCGAUCGGUCAAGGUUUGGGGCCCAGCGUUAAAGACAUUCUUGCCAUUCCUGAUCCAUAUAUUGCGAAUGUUUCUGUGCCUCAUCGUGUCAUUAAAGCUGUUUUCCGUCUCUCUCGCCUUCUGGAUGGGGAUGAUGAAAUUGGAAAUCACGGCGACGUUGAUGACAGUGACAACGAUGAUGGUGGCAGUUCCGAAAGCUCCCUUUUCCUCCCCCCCGCGUCUUCUGAAUCGGCUGAAUCUGCAGAUUCAGCUUUAAAGAAGAUGAAAGCAUCUGGCAGGCCCGAUUUUCAUUGGCGUUUAAUACGAAUAGCUUCACCCGAUGUCCUUGUAGUCAAUUCCCGCAGCGUAGGGCGUGCCUGGAAUGCUCCGGUCUGCUUACGUAAUAUUUUCUUUACUGCUGGAUGA